UUUGUAAAAUCAUAAACGGGCACACUCCUCCCUUUUCACAUGCAUUUAGCCGAAUUUUGUUGAAAUUAUUAACAAUCGGUGAAACAUUUGCUUAGCCUAUAUUCAGCAAAAACGCCUGCAGCAACUCAAUCAAAAUGGACAAGAACAGCGCAGCGUUGUACAAAAAGAUGCAGACCGAGGUUGAGUCAUACCAGAACCUGCAAAAAUCCUGCGUCAAGAUGGUCAAACAGCGGGCCUUGCUGGAGAGCCAGCUGAACGAGAACAAGUGCGUCCUGGAGGAACUGAAUCUUCUGGGACCCGACAACAAGGUCUACAAGCUUUUCGGACCAGUUUUGGUCAAACAGGAGCUGGAGGACUCGCGCCAGAAUGUCGGAAAGCGCAUCGAAUACAUCUCCAAGGAGCUAAAGAGUUCCAGCGACACCCUGGAGAAUAUGGAAAAGGACAUGCUAAAGCAUCGGGAGGCCGUAGGCAAAUACCAACAGCAAUGGCAGGUGGCGGCGGCAAUGAAGUAAAGGUGUCCUGGACACAAACUAUUUAUAACUUAUUUUGGAAUAGCUUAGUGGCUUUAAUAAAUCACCUGGCGCGACCGCUUCAUUUUGAAAUCAAUAAACACAUUGAAACAUA